CGUUUUGAAGCUACAUUGUUGCGGGUUUGCUUUUUCACUUUCCUGAGGAAUUUGGAAUUCUUUUCUAAAGGGCAAUUCCCGAGCUGUGAAGAAGUGAGCGAUUAUGAGCGCACCGGGGAAUGGAGUGACGGAAACAAGAGCCGGAGUAGCCGAGAGAUGGAUUGCAGCCCAGGCUGGACAGCCCAACAGUUUUUCUCCAAGUAAUUCUCCGAGGCAUUCCAAUGCCUCGUCACCCAGAGCUGGAUCCUGGGGUGGAAAUGUGACCUCCCCGUCUGCCUCCUUACACGCUGCAGCUAGUGCUUCUUAUAAUUUUGGGCCGCCGGCACUCGAGGGUGGUUAUUCGCACCCGUACUCCGCUCACACAGCUCAGUAUCCAACUCCUCCUGCUGGAUUAUCCUCCUAUACCGCCGAAUCUAGCCUUACGUACUCUCAUCCUUCGGGCUAUGCAGGGCACAUUCCGUCACUCAAUUUAGGUUACUACUACCAGCCUCAGAACUCGUCUUGUGCGAAUGGAUCGAAUUCAGCAGUCAGGAACACAGGCCACGGUCUUUUCCGGAUCAACCAUCCGGACAGGUCCCAGUCUAGCUCAAAGGAGCACAGUAAAGACAUUACAAGAGAUUUGUCAGCCUCUCCACACAGGUUUCUCGCUUCUGGUAAUGAGAAGCUGUAUGAAGCUUACAAUGAACUUCAUAGUCUGGCACAGGAUUUUCACAAACCUUUCGACGCACCCGCAAUUUUAGUUGUGGGGCAUCAAACAGACGGCAAAAGUGCUCUAGUCGAAGCUCUUAUGGGCUUCCAGUUCAAUCAUGUCGGAGGUGGAACCAAAACUCGAAGACCCAUAACUUUACACAUGACAUAUAAUGCAGAGUGUACCGAACCGAGAUGUUUCCUGCUGUCAGAGGACGCUCCACCGAAGGAAGAGGAGAAAAGUCUGGACGAUCUUCAGGCUUACAUUGAAUCAGAAAAUAUGAGAUUGGAGCUUGAACCGUCUCAGUUUUGGGCCAAGGAGAUCGUUGUGAAGAUUGAAUACAAAUUCUGCCCAAAUUUGACGAUUAUCGACACACCGGGACUUAUUUCUGCAGCACCUGGCCGAAAGAACAUCUCCCUACAGUCGCAAGCACGAGCCGUGGAGGCACUUGUACGCAGUAAGAUGCAGCAGAAAGAGUUUAUCAUUCUCUGCCUUGAAGAUUGCAGCGAUUGGACCAAUGCUACAACUAGGAGGUUUGUCAUGCAGAUGGAUCCAGAGCUCACAAGGACAGUCAUCGUGUCAACGAAACUGGACACUCGAAUUCCACAAUUUGCACGUCCAGCAGAUGUCGAACUUUUCCUAAGGCCACCUUCGAGACUGCUCGAUGGAAACAUCCUGGGGGAUACACCAUUCUUCACUUCUGUCCCAUCAGGAAGAGUUGGUAGCGGACGAGAUUCUGUAUAUAGAACCAAUGAGUCUUUCCGAGAGGCUGUAGCAAUGCGCGAGGCUUUGGAUGUAGCAAUGCUUGAGGAGAAGAUGGACAGGCCUCUUCUAAAAGAAGAGCGCAACCGUGUCGGUAUCAGUCGUCUACGAUGUUUCUUAGAACAGCUUUUGCAGCGUCGGUACAUGGACAGUGUCCCAAUCAUCGUCCCACUGCUAGACAAGGAGUACCGUUUUACAGCUUCGAAGUUGCAACAGACCAGUCAGGACCUAGCGAAUCUGAAUGAAGCGAAACUGAAAGAGCGUGGUAGACUAUUUAGGGAUUCCUUUUUAUCGAAGCUUUCUCUUUUGCUGAAAGGAACGGUCGUUGCCCCACCUGAGAAAUUUGGGGAGGCUCUUCAGGAUGAACGAGUUCACGGGGGAUCUUUUACUGGUCCAGAUGGUGUGCAAAUGGCGCCCAAGCACACACCGAAUGCUGGAAUGCGGCUUUAUGGCGGUGCACAAUAUCACAGAGCCAUGGCUGAGUUCAGAUUCGUUGUUGGUGGGGUGAAGUGUCCUUCUAUUAGUAGGGAAGAAAUAGUGAAUGCUUGUGGCGUAGAAGACACACAUGAUGGAACAAACUACUUUAGAACGGCUUGUGUUAUCGCAGUUUCUAAGGCGAGAGACGUAUUUGAGCCUUUUCUGCACCAACUGGGAUUUCGACUUUCGCACAUUCUUCGUCGGUUGCUUCCCAUUGCUCUUUUCCUUUUACAGAAAGAUGGUGAAUAUUUAAGUGGUCAUGAUAUGUUCAUGAAACGAGUUGCAACGGCUUUUCACAUGUUUGUGGAAUCAACAGAGAGGAACUGCCGAGAGAAAUGCAUGGAGGACCUCAUUAGCACCACACGCUACGUUACAUGGUCCUUACACAACAAGCACCGUUCUGCUUUGAGGUCAUUCCUGGACAAUUUGUCGACUAGUGAGCAGUCAUUUGCCGGGGUAACAACACUUUUGGAGAACACAGUGACGGUUGUAGGAAAUAGUAACAAGCAGGACAACAAUAAGGCUCGUCAGCAACCUGUAGAAAAUGGGAAGGUACCUGGCAUUGCCGAAGGAGCAGUGGGUGGUCAGACGGCACAAGCACGACUUGUAGAUUUACUAGAAAGCACUCUUUGGAAUCGAAAACUAGCACCCACGUCCGAAGAGAUCGUGAACGCCCUUGUCCAGCAAUUGUUUGAAGGAAUCCGGGAUCACUUCGUGGCUGCUGCGGAGCUGAAAUUCAACUGCUUCUUUUUGAUGCCAGUCGUGGAUAAGUUCCCAGCGCUACUCAGAGAGGAUUUGGAGUCUGCUUUCGUUGAAGACAUUGACAAUGUCUUCAAUGUUGGACACGCCCGACGCAGCUUAGAACAGCGUCGUCGUGAUCUUGAGCUUGAACUUAAAAGGGUUGAAAUGCUUCAAGAGAAGUUUUCAAGUAUUCACCAGCGCCUCACUUGUUCUCAACCCCAACCCAUGGCUCAGAAAGAUGUCAGUGAGGUUAUGGCAUCUUUAAAUGUACAAGAAGAUUCAUAGUGUUAAUUAUGGAACUCAGGAAAUUGCAUACACCACACGUUGCACUUCGGAGCUUUUCCACAUCGCUAAAAAUUGUACAGCUUCGUCAAGAUCCAGAAGGGGGGUGAAGCUUGGGCUUCUAUUUUUUACGGGCCCAGCACCUCGGCUGUUUGGUGGAGGACGUGUAAAUUAGUAGCGGAAUGCUUCCAAGUUUUACGUUUUUUUUGUGAAUUUGAGCAUGUAACAAUUUGUUGCAUUUAGAGGAAUACUCGUCUCGCCAGCUUCUUACUAUUUCUGUUUCAAAAUUCAUGAAUAACGUCCAAACGCAUUGUCGCAAUCCAAAACUCCCACACCCUUGUUCUAGCCCACGCUAUUCGACAAAAAACUUGACUCAUUCAUAAAUACCUUGACCGGAUAUGCCCUUAUUCCUGUGUAUCCUGUUCUUGCCUUAUCCUCUGUCUAUGUCUGUGAUACGUGUCAUCCCUCUGUUCUCGAAAUUGCCAGUAAGCAUCACCGAUUUGAAAACGAAGUG